AUGGAGGUGAAAAUUUUAAAUUUUGGUGUGACACGCCAUCGCGGGAUCAAUUCUGGACGAGGAAGAGGAAGGGGUGGAGGAGGAAGAAGUGGUGGAGGAAGGGUUGGAGGAGGAAGAAGUGGUGGAGGAAGGGUUGGAGGAGGAAGAGGUGGAGGAGGAAGAGGUGGAGGAGGAAGAGGUGGAGGAGGAAGGGCUGGAGGAGGAAGAGGUGGAGGAGGAAGAGGUGGAGGAGUAAGAGGUGGAGGAGGAAGGGCUGGAGGAGGAAGAGGUAGAGGAGCAAGAGGAGGAAUCGGAAGGGGAACAGGACGCGACGGAGGACGGGGAGGGCUCGGCCAUUCUUCUCGCCAUUCUAUUCGACCAAGCUACAGAGAUGUGUUAGUUGAAGAUAACACUCCACCCGGAGCCCCCGGAGCGUCCGGAGCUGAUGCGUCUUCCAGCACUCCAAGACCAGAUGGUCGGCCCACUCCAUUUUCAGUUUUUCACAAUAUGUUGAAACAGCAUGGAGAAAUGUUUCUCGAUCUCAAAGGAAAAUUGAAAGGAAAGGAGAGGAAAUUGGAGGAAACCCUCCAAAAAAUUCUCGAUGAAGAGAGUCUCUCAAAUGCUGAACGAUGUCAGUUAUUAACUGAAUAUUCGUUGAUGAUGUCCGAUGUGGAGGCAGCCGGAGGAGCAACAAAAUCUGACCCAAGUGAAACUCGCAUGGAAACUGAUCCAUGAUCCAGUUCAUGGACGUACUCAGCUAGGGGCAGG